AUGUCCGGCAUAAUUGACGCGUCUUCUGCAUUAAGGAAAAGAAAGCAUUUGAAGAGAGGCAUCACCUUCACCGUGAUGAUCGUGGGCCAAUCCGGCUCAGGCAGGUCGACUUUUAUAAACACCCUGUGCGGCCAGCAAGUCGUGGACACCUCGACAACGAUCCUGUUGCCCACAGAUACCUCUACAGAGAUAGACAUGCAAUUGAGAGAGGAAACAGUGGAAUUGGAGGACGACGAAGGUGUCAAGAUUCAACUGAACAUUAUCGAUACUCCCGGGUUUGGUGAUUCUCUGGAUAAUUCUCCAUCUUUCGAGAUAAUUUCCGAUUAUAUUCGCCACCAAUACGAUGAGAUUCUGUUGGAGGAAAGCCGUGUGAGAAGAAAUCCAAGAUUUAAGGACGGUAGGGUUCAUUGUUGUCUGUAUUUAAUAAACCCCACUGGCCAUGGUUUAAAGGAAAUCGAUGUAGAAUUCAUGAGGCAAUUGGGAUCUCUGGUUAACAUUAUCCCCGUGAUUAGUAAAUCUGACUCGUUGACAAGAGACGAAUUGAAACUGAACAAAAAAUUGAUCAUGGAAGAUAUUGACAAAUGGAAUCUGCCUAUUUAUAACUUCCCCUUCGAUGAAGAUGAAAUAUCCGAGGAGGAUUACGAAACAAACAUGUACUUGCGUGCGCUUUUACCCUUUGCCAUCAUCGGAUCCAACGAAGUCUACGACGUGGGUGGAGACGUUGGUACUAUUCGUGGUAGAAAAUACCCAUGGGGCAUAUUGGACGUGGAGGAUUCUUCAAUCUCUGAUUUUGUUAUCUUAAGAAACGCGUUGUUGAUUUCUCAUUUGAACGACUUGAAAAAUUACACACAUGAAAUAUUGUAUGAAAGGUAUAGAACCGAAGCAUUGUCUGGUGAGUCUGUCGCAACAGAAUCCAUCCGUCCAAACCUCACAAAAUUGAAUGCUUCAUCGUCUUCAUCUACCACAACAAGAAGAAACACGAAUCCGUUCAAGCCAAAUGAUAAUAUUAAUAAUGGCAUUCUCAGCCCACCAUCUGAUACGCACGGGCAAAAAGCCAGUACCAAUAACGAAACUUACAUGACACGCGAAGAACAAAUACGAUUGGAAGAAGAACGACUAAAGGCAUUUGAGGAAAGAGUACAGCAAGAAUUAUCACUGAAAAGACAAGAACUGUUGCAAAGAGAAAAGGAAUUAAGGGAAAUAGAAGCCAGGUUGGAAAACGAGGCUAAAAUUAAGCAAGAGGACUAA